AUGGAUAAGAAGGCAUUCACAAGACUUCUCAUGUACGAUAUCCCAUUUGAAGAGAAUUCACCAAUAAAGCCAGAAAUUACAAAUAAACCAGAAUAUGAUUCAGAAAUAGAAGGGCAAUUAGAAGGACUACAUAAAGAAUUAUUUAAAUAA